GUGCGUCAGACGCACGUCCACUUGAACGUUGUUGUGCAGAGCUGUGUGACGUUGACUUUGUUCAACCACAGUAUAAAACUUUUGCUCUGCCAGCAUUGGAAACUUAAUUUGUGCAACCCUGGAUGAGGAUUUUUUCAACGGCAAUAUUUGCAGAAGCCAUCUGGAAGAAAUUGGCCCAGGAGUGUUUUAAUUUCGACGCAAAAGUUUCGACGAGAGAGAGAAAAAGGUCCUUUACAGUGCGACUUUUGUUGUUUGCGCUUUUUCUACUCUGCAAUCGUCCCAGAAAUGGUGGGACACCUCCACUUACAAGCGAUGGAUGAAAGUCUCAAAGGAAAGAACCGGGAAGGGCUGCUUGACAGUCCGGAUUCGGGGCUGCCACCCAGCCCCAGUCCGCCCUUCUGCUCCCUGUCUCCGGCUCUCAUUGAGUCACGCUCCGGCAGCUGCACGACGCCUGUGGAGAACCAGCAGGCAGCCUGGAAGAAGGACUGCAGCAGGGAGGGAAAACUGCUGCCUUAUCUGCUGCUCAACAACACAGGCACGGACCCCAGGACUCGCAUGUACCCUGUCUUCUAUGGCGAGAGCAUCGAGGUCGACCCCAAACCAGAGCAGGAAGUCAAGUGCACCUCAGCGGUGCGGUACGACUCUGACAAGCAUUACAGAGACCACGUCUACUGCGUGUCCGUCCCCACGGCCAUGUCCUACAGCGAGACUGUGGUGGCGGUGCCCAACUGCACCUGGAGGAGCUACAAGUCCCAAGUGUACCUGGAGCCGAGGCAAAAGGCCAUCAGCUACCAGAGUACCACCAUUGUGUACCCCAAAAACGCCAAGAACAUUUACCGCACCACGCUCUCUUACAAAACUACGACCGCGCGCCGCUGGUUCGUCUCCAGAGUCCAGUUGGAGUCCAGUGAGGAUUCUAGUCCCUGUAUCAUCUACACAGAGGACCUGUAGGCCACCCUCCGUGCCUUUUUUUUUUUUUUUUUUUUACAACCGGGAGGUCUAAAAACUGUUUUUUUUCUUCUCACUCUGGAGGAAACCUUUUAUUUUAACAUUUGGAACUUUCUACUGAUGCAGUCUUUAAAAGGGAGUUGCUGCACUGCAUUGGCAAAUGUCUUAUUUAAUGACACACAUGCUCACCUUGCUUCUACGCACCUGCAGGUUGGAUGGACGUCAGUGAAGAGAAUGAGUGAAUGAAAAAAGCUGGGGAUUUUUUUUAACAAUUCCUGCUGGUGCAUACUGAUCCUACAACUAAUACAUCUUUCUUGCACUCCUCUUGGUGUGUGUGUGUGUGUGUGUGCGCGCGUGUGCGAAUAGUGAAUAGUUUGGACCAAAGUUCUAACAGUCGUGAGACCUUUUUCUCACAGUAAACUCCACAGAGCAACUAGACUUGUAAUAUUAGUGGUAAUAACAAGCGGUGGUUUACAGAAGCAUGUUUCUUUCUGAUCCCCAGGGGGCAUUGUUGUAACUCUUAAAGGUCAUAAUUGCGUUUAAUCACACACUGAAUCCGAGAAUGUCCUCCUUGCAAAUUUGGAGUAAAAUGAAAAAGAUGUUACAGAACUGAAAAGCGAAGAAUCUGGAUUGUUUGCUGUUAAUGAGUGUAAUAGUUGGGAUGGAAUUUAAAAUGUACAUAUUUGAUUUCAGCCCUGGUCUGUUGGUUUUGUUGCGCGAAAUAAGCCAUGAGGUAGUUAUCCGUGCAGUAUGGUAAAAAAGAAAGAGUACAGUAUGUUUUAAGUAUGGUCAAAGGGAAACGAUGAGCUGUGUGAAGCGUGAGGGAGCAGUUAUUGAUGGUCAGUGAAGUGUCCGUGGAGCGACGAGAGAAAAAGCUGUUUAGAGUUGUUAAAAAUGGUGUUUUGUUUCCCAACACUUGAUUUUUGUUACUGUAAAAUACUUUCCUGUUGUAUAUGUGGCAUCGAGGCACUUCAUAAUUGUCUUCUAUAUUUUUGUACGUCAGCCUUUGUUCCUGUUUUGAUCUAAUUUAAAGAUGUAUUCUAAUUGAAUAAAAAGGUUAAUAAUUCCCAAGUGUAUGUGGAUGUUAUUCCAUUGUGCUGUAAAAUGUAAUUUGGAAAUGCAAAUGGACAGAAUUUAUGGAUUCCUGAACACUGGAAGCCAUUAAAAUGGAUACUUAUUUUGAAGACAAGCUAAAAAUAGAGUAGAUCCCUGCAAUUUGCAGGGUUGACUAUCCGAGACCACCCGUGAACAGCAAGUGAGGCGCCCAUAAAUUUGUCUACUUCUGACACUGAUAAUGCCUGCUUUAUGCUGUUGUAUUGAUACGCCACCGUAUGGUAUGCUAGCUCGCGCAUCCCCCUCCAAACCUUGCUAGCUUGAGGUUGCUUUUUCUGAUUUUGGACUAACAUUUGCAGUAAAAAUGACUUGAGAUUAUUAGAUUCAGCUGUAAUAUGACACUAAUGAAA